AAAAAAAAAAUAUGUAAUGACCCUACCAACCACUUCAACCGAGGUCUGAGAGGCAUAAGUCGAAAAUUGGCAAUCUCGUACGUUCUUCUUCGUCAGCGCGAGUGUUCAGCCUCCGUGAUUCAUAACGAACUCUUCCCUCCGCAGGCGUGAUUGUCAAGCGAGAACGCCGGAACUUCUCUUCUCGCUUCAACCUGUGAAUUCGUCAUUGUAUCUUUCCUCUUUCCUAUUUAUCCAUUUCCCAAACCCUAAUUUUACCUCUGUAUGAAACACAACGAGAAGAUGACGGAUGGAAUUAACCCUAAGGGCUCCUCCAACAAGUCAUCUUCUUCGUCGUCUCAACGUAAAAGCAGGUGGGAAUCCGGAAACAAUCCUAAUCCCGAUCGUAACAUGGGCUCCGCCAGUGAUUCAAAGCCAUCAAAAACUUCAUCGAAUUCUAAAUACGAUGCAGCAGCAGCAGCGGCUUCUGGACCAUCGAUGCUCCCUCGCGAUUCAAUCCCUUCUUCAGACCCUGGUUCUUUCCCUCCAGGCGCUCCAGGCGGAGCUGGAGCUCCUUUUCCUUUUCCUUUUCCGGACCCGGCUGGCAUUGGUCCCCCUCCGCCGCCAGCUUAUGGCUUUCACUUGCUUGAGCGUCGUACAAUCGUAUUGGCCGAUGAUAGCGUUCGGUCUUACUUUGCUCUUCCAUCCGGUUAUCAAGACAUUCCGUCGGCCAACAGGUUCUUACCUCUGGGACCCGUUGGUCAUGGGCCUGAACCAGGUGGUCUAGGCUUCGGGUUUGAUAAGAAUUUCCCUCAUGGUGGUUUGAGUCCAAUGAGAGGAUUCCGUGGUGAUGGCAAUGAGCCAUUUGGUCGUGGUGGUGGACAGUUUGAUUACUGGAAUUCACUAGGGCUUGAUGGGCGUGUGCCACCUGAAGGUUCACUCAAGAGGAAGUACGGAUAUGACUAUGAAAGGGAUGGCAGAGAGAGCGACGAACUUGCGAGGCAGCGUCCGCUGCUCUCGGGGUUUGGGAACCCCAAUUCGAAUCCCGCCGGCGACCGAGUUGAUUACUUGUCUGGUAAAGGUAGCCCAUUUAGGGAUACAUUGGAUUCUAACAGGGGAGUGGAUGAUUUGAGUUUGAGGUCUUCGAAGCACAUGCGGAUUGGAGGGGAUUACAAUGAUAUACCUUCCAGGCAUGGCGUUGAUGAUGUGGGUCUGGGUCCCAAGUAUCCCGAUGUGGACCCACAAGCUCUAAAGAAGGCGUUUCUUCGUUACGCAAAGUUAAUCAAUGAGAAUGCAUCUCAAAGGAAGAAUUAUCUCGAGGGUGGGAAGCAUGGGCCUCUGCAAUGCCUUGCCUGUGGCAGGGCAUCUAGAGAUUUUCCAGAUAUGCAUGGUCUUAUAGUGCACGCGCUCAACCCACAGAACUCUGACUUGCAUGUGGAUCACCUUGGCUUGCACAAGGCCUUGUGUGUUCUAAUGGGGUGGAACUAUGCAAAACCUCCUGAAAACUCAAAGGCUUACCAGUCGUUAUCUGCUGAUGAAGCAGCAGCAAACAAGGAUGAUCUGAUUAUGUGGCCACCUGUGGUGAUCAUUCACAAUACAAAUUCUGGAAGGGGAAAAGAUGGCCGCAUGGAGGGUAUGGGAAAUAAAGCAAUGGAGUAUAAACUUAGAGGUAUAAUUUCUUCCUCUAUUUUUUAUGUAGCUAUGUUUUCUUAGAAUGUCUGCCUUAUGAUGAACAGCUUUGUGGUCGUGGAAAUUCUGUUUGUGUUGGAAGUUAGUGAUUUCAUCUCCUCAUACUAAAGUGCUUAGAUAUUUCCCUCUCAUUUUUGCCCUUUUCUCUUAUAAAUAAUGGUGCUAAAAUCAGUUUGCCCAUAUGGCGACAAAUUUA